CGUCGCUUGGAACAACAAGUCUAAACUUGUCCGUCGUUCAUAGCGCAUUCGUCCCUUAUAUCUAUCAAGUGUGAUCGUUAAGUUGGACAUCGAAUACUAUUUACUGAGUGAUUAAUAUUACGCAAAUAAUUAUGGAUCCUGAAAAUAGAGAUACUCCAGGUGGCUCAAACUACAGAGUAAUAUCUAGAAAAAGAUUAUACGAUAAAAUGCAGGAACAGAACUUACCGAAUUUAGAAGAAAAAUUAAAUUAUUUGGAAAAUGAACUUUUAACACAUGGGAUCACAAAGGCACAAAACGCUGAGUCCAAACAGACAACGUCGCAUCACGUCCGUAUGCAGCUGCAAGAUCUCAACAAAAUUAGCGAGGAAGCUUCAUCGGCGAAUAAGAGGAGCGAUCUGUCCUUUAUAAGCUACUUUUCGGUGUCGCCGACGGAAUUGAAAAAUAAAAAGUUGCCCGGAGAGAACUUCACGGCCGCAACACUGUAA